AUGAGUGACGGUUCGCCGAUUCCUGAAACUCGCGUAUUGGCGGUCGCCAGUCAUGUGGUCUCCGGAUAUGUCGGCAAUAAGAUCGCCGUGUUUAGCCUUCAGUCACUGGGGUGCGACGUGGCCGCGCUGAAUACCGUGCAAUUUAGUAAUCAUACCGGAUACAAACAAUGGACCGGGUCGAAGGUCUCUGCACAGGAGAUUACUGAUCUAUACCAGGGGCUGAAGCAGUCAUACCUCGAUGACUUCGACAUGAUGCUCUCCGGCUACGUCCCUGGCGCCCCGGCGCUCGAAGCGGUCGGACAAAUAGGACAGGAGCUCAAGCGCAAGGCAAAAUCGAAACCUGGGAGCUUCUUUUGGGUACUGGAUCCGGUCAUGGGUGACAAUGGCAGCCUCUAUGUAGCCCCCGACGUCGUACCCGUGUACAAGAGCCUAGUUCCCUAUGCAAAUCUGGUCCUCCCGAACCAGUUCGAAGCCGAACUGCUCUCCGAAGUACAAAUAACCGACAUGCCAUCCAUCGCCCGCGCUAUCCAGGUCAUGCACGAGCGCUACGGCAUCCCGCACAUCGUCAUCACGUCCGUCUCGCUGCCGCACCCGGACCACCCCGUCUCCUCGCUGUCGGUCGUCGGCUCGACCAUGACCUCGGACCGUAAGGCGCGCGCCUUCAAGAUCGUCUUCCCCGCCAUUGACUGCUAUUUCAGUGGGACGGGCGACAUGUUUGCCGCGCUCAUGGCUGUGCGCAUGCGUGAGGCCGUUUACAACAGGGGGAAAGACAGUCAACAACAGCAACAACAAGGGUCAGCAUUGAUGGAGCGGGAGUCGUGGCUGAGCGAGGAUAGCGUCGACGCGCUGGACCUGCCGCUUGCGAGGGCUGCCGAGAAGGUGCUUGCCAGCAUGCACGAGGUACUGACCAAGACUGCCGAGCGGAUGGAGGGGGCGAUGAGAAAGGCGGGGGAGGCCGGGAUGAAUGCGGAUGGUGUUGGGAGCGGGACGGGAGCGGAGGAGAAGAAGAUGCACUUGCUGAAGAGCAAGGCGGCCGAGUUGAGGCUUGUCCGGCAUCUUGAUAGUCUAAGGUUUCCGCAGGUAGAAUUCCGUGCCACGAGGCUGUACAUGGGUUAG